AUGGCCGAAGAUCAUCACGCGUUAGUUUUUGGUGCCUCUGGCGUCACAGGCUGGAGCAUCGUGGACUCAAUCCUACGUGGAUAUCCAACCCCUGAGACCUUUCGCCGGGUAACUGCUCUCACAAACCGUCCGCUGUCACCCGAAGCUGCACAAUGGCCGUCGUCUGAGAAGUUAAAACUGGUCUCUGGAAUCGAUCUUCUGCAAGACAGCCAGUUGAAUCUCCAACAGCAGCUGCGGGAGCGGGUUCCUGAUAUCGAGACCGUGACCGAAGUCUAUUUCUUUGCCUACGCUAUGGACCCCAACCCUGAAAUAGAGACCAAGAAGAAUGAGCAGAUCUUGCGACAGGGCGUGGCUGCGGUGGAUAGCCUCAGCCCGAAGCUCCGAUUUGUUCUUCUCGGUACUGGAGUCAAAGAAUAUGGGAUCCAUCUGCUGGACAAGUUUCCGUGGGGUCAUAAAUUGCCCUUAAAGGAGACACAUCCUCCUCUACCGGAGCCGUAUAGGUCGGAACUCUUCUACUACCCCCAACUGGAGGUAUUGAGUCACCUAGCGCAAGGCAAGCGAUGGAAGCACUGCAGAGUCUUGCCGGAUAUUAUCGUGGGCUUCGUGCCUAACAAUAACUUCUAUUCCCUCGCUCAAUGGUUAGCAAUGUUCCUGAGUCUUUAUCGAGAGAUCAACGGUGAAGGAGCAACUGUUGUCUUCCCCGGAACGAUGAAGAGCUGGAAAGCCCUAAGCCAGGACAGCAGCCAAGAUUUGAUUGCUCGAUUCUCGAUAUACGCCAGCCUGGAUCCCCACAUUGGCGUGGGUGAAAGAUACAACAUAGCUGAUAGUGAGGAGCCGACCACCUGGGAAGUCAAAUGGCCUAUUGUCUGUGAGUACUUUGGUCUUAAGGGUGCUUCACCCGAGGGCGGAUCUGGUCCAGAUCCAGCUAGAUAUAUUGCAGAGAACAACUCGCGAUGGGCGGAGAUGGAAGAGAAGUAUAAUCUCCAGAAGGGGCACGGGCAAAGCAACGACCGCAGUCUAUCCAUGGUUCCUCAUUUCUUGAUGAGUGCGUCAGAUUUUGAUCGGCCACUCGACAUGACAAAGACGCAUCAGGCGUGGGGGCCUUCCAAGGAGGAGGCAGAUGUUCGUCAAUGUUGGUACACGGCAUUUGAUCGCUACAGACGCGCCAAGAUCAUCCCAUAG